GAUGAACCGGAAUCAUUUGGUUAUUUCCGUACCUUUGUAGCUUUAUUUGUUUGGGGCUAUUAAAAACCCUGCCUCAAUAUUUUCUUCAAAGACUUGAGGACUGUCGCGUCAACGACAAUAUCUUAUAAUGCCUAUUUUAAUGUCUCGUCAUCCCAUACCCGUUUAUUACCUCUUUCAUUUCCUACACCUUUCCAUCCAACAUAUCAUGGCGUUUCGUCUUUCUUUCUUUUUUUUUUUCUCUCUUUCUUUCUUUCUCCUUUUUUUCUGUUUUCUUUUUUCUCAUGUUUGGGUCUCGGAUAAGGGAUUUCAAGGAUCGACCUUACCUAUACGCAAGGUUCACAUACUGUACUGUAACACUGUAACCUGCAAAGUCAAAAAUAUAUUGGCCAUCCAAGGGUAUGGCGUUAACAAUAUCUAAGGAAAGAAGAAGGGAAAAAAAAGGUGGAAAUGCACCAUGUUGUAAGAAUAGUAAUAAUAGAUG